GCAUGCUUUCCCCAUUGCCUAGAGCCCCGCCAGCUGCCUCGAGGGCUGCUUCCCCAUCACAGCCUCUGGUGGCGACUCCCUCCCUUUCAAAGCAUCCCUUGAGGUCAGACAGCCUUCCCCUUCUCCCUCCACCAUCAUCAUCUUCAUUGGUCCCUGGUUCAUCUCAUUCCAUCACUCCUAAGCCUAUAGAUCACCCCACCAAAGUGCCUGUGUUUCCCCAAAUCACACCAGCUGAUUCCUCUUCAGGUCAGAACCCAGUUAAUGUCCUAAAACCAUUUUCUCACAAAACAAACCACUUUCCAUCCAGAAAUGCCCGGACUUUCAUUGGUACCCCUCCUCUAGACUUUUCUAGACCCUUAACAAAGCAGUACUCUGAGCUGGUCCCAUCAGGGAUUCCCCACUCAGCAGGUUCCCUGAUUCCCGGGGCUCUGAGCUCCCUGGCAGAACUAUCUCUUCCUUCCGUAGCCCCUGGAGGCCUUCCAGGUGGAACCUCCUCGUGGCCAAUGUUGGAAGAGCCCUUGAGUUCUGCAUCCACCCAGCCAGGCCCCACCGCGAGGGCUGUCAGAGGGCGCAGUGGGGUAUUAUCGACCAUUAAUCUGGGCACAGCAGCAGCAAGCUAUGAGGCUUGGCCCCUACACGUCCAGACUGCAGAGUCAGGGACGAGCAGCAGAGAGCGAGCCCCUGUUCCUCCUGCAAAUAGCGCCACCACCUGGCCACAUCUGGCAGCGGCUCCGGAGAAUUCCAGGAAGCCCUCCCGCUCCCCAGAAAACACCCCUUCCUCCUCGCUGCUUUCUCUGCCACUCACUACACCCAGUCAAGAGCAAAUGGACCUUUCUGAGGCGGCUCCUGGAUCACCACUGAAGGGGACGGGCGCCCCUCCCUCCCUGCUUACCAUCCUCCAGCCCACUAGAGACCGUGCCUCCCCAGACCCCGUGCUAGAAGCCUCCAGUCCCCAGGAAGAUGGCCGUGGUGGAUACCUUCCUGAUGUAGCCAUACGCCUCCCCUCCAGCAAACGUCCUGAUCUUCCCCCUACAGUUUGGACAUUUCCUCAGCAAAAAGAGGACAGGGUUACAGCCAUUUGGGGGGGAAAUGAGAAGGCAAAUGGGACAGUUCCUCUGUGGGCCCUUCCAACUAAAGAGGCGUCAAGUCUUCAAGCAGUGAGUGGAUUCACCUCUGAUUUUAACACAGGUGAAGUCUCUCCUCUCAUCAAGACAGCACUAAGAACAGACCUCUCUCCUUCAGGGUCACCUCCAUCAUCCAUGCUCGUCUCACAAGCCCCUCAGGCAGGUUCUCCUCCUGGCUCUUCCAGCACCAAGCUGGAGACUCUGGCAGCUGUGGCAAGCCCGUCUGGGUUGCCAGCUUCAGCUUCCAGACAGGUGCCAGCCCUUCCCUCCUCCCCCGAUGUCUAUGAGUUCCCAACAAUGGAAGGCACGAGAAAGCCAGCAGCCACAGAUGUUCUCUGGAGCUCUCUUGCUGUGGCAACUGCAUCCUUCUCCACAGAAUCGACAAUAUCUGGUUUGCCAUGGCAAAUGGAUAGUGAUUUAAACACUCCCACAAUUAGCUCCACAAGCUGGGAGCCUCCUCCAACUACUGUGACUCUUCCCAGCCGUACAACUUUGGAUGCCAAUGCGAUACAUCCUCAGAAUUUCAAAGAGGCUGUUGGGCAGUUGGUGACUACAGAUGGCUUUAACUUUCAGGAUCUAGUCUUCAGUCAGAGUGGCAAUCAGCCCCUGCGGCCAUCGGAAGGGGCCAUAGUUGAAAGCCACGCAGACCUCUGGCUCACAAGCAAGCACCCAAGAGACUUUGACGCAGCGAUAGGUGAUUAUUAUCCACCCACACGUCAACAUUCUAUGUCGCAGCUGCCUCUCCGGCCAGCCCAUCCUCUUUGGCCAACCUGGCCAAGCUUAGCUUCUGCAGCUAGCUUGCAGCAAAUGCUUUCAGAUGGAACAGACACAGAUUCACAAAUUUCCAGUGACACCUCUCUGUCGCCGGGAAAGAAUGGCUCCCCACAAUUCCAGAGUGUCUUGGAAUACCACUCAUCUACAGACUCCACUUCCGUAUCAACUGGUGCCUUUUCCAGGACCCCCUCCAAAGUGCUGCGAACUUCUCGGCGCCCCAAGACACGGACAGGUGCAGCCACUAAUGCAGGUAGUUCGCUUCCUGGUACCCAGAAAACAGUGGAAACCUCAGUGUCACCCAAGGGAGAACUGACGGCAACAGCUGCAGCCGCUGCCACCACCACCCUGUUUCUGAGGAAGUCAAGCCCAGCAGCGUUGUCUGCAGCCCUCACUGCUAAGGGCACUGGCAGCAACGGCGGUUUAGCCAAGAGCGGUCUAACCACAGCUCUAGCUAAAAAUGUCACCAGCAAAGCAGCGUCCAGCCCAAAGGUGACAGCAGGGACAGUCCACACUGCCUUCCCAAUCACACCAACCUACAUGCUUGCCCGGACAGCACACAGCAUGAGCACACAUACAGCCACACAAGGGGCCACGGGCUCUGCUUCGGGCCUGUUGUCCACCACACACCUCCCCAAGAAACCACAAGCCAUGCACACUGGCCUCCCUAAUCCCACCAGGCCAGACACACCCAGAGCAUCCACCGCCCGCCCGCUGACAAUCACUGCUGCACUGACAUCCGUUACAGCAUCAGUAAAGGCCACGAGGCUGCCAUCUCUGCAGACAGGAAACACGGACGCUGCUUUCCCGGCUGUGUCUACUGCAAUGGUCACAACUGGCAGGAUGGCGUCCAACUUGGACUGUCAGAUGUCCCACAGGCUCCUAGUGAAGACAGUUUUCUUCCUAACUCAGAGGAGAGUGCAGAGCAGCGAGUCCUUGAAGCUUGGUGUAACCAAAGGGCUCACGCAGGCAUUGCGGAAGGCUUUCCACCAGAAUGAUGUCUCCGCUCACGUGGACAUCCUGGAAUAUUCUCAUAACGUCACGGUUGGCUACUAUGCUACCAAAGGCAGGCUGGUGUAUUUGCCUGCUGUGGUGAUGGACAUGCUGAGUGUGUAUGGAGUCAGCAAUGUCACUGCCGACCUGAAGCAACACACUCCCUCCUUACAGUCUGUGGCGGUGCUUGCCUCCCCGUGGAAGCCCCAGCCUGCAGGUGCCUUCCAGCUGAAGACAGUGUUGCAGUUUGUAAGCCAGUCGGACAACAUUCAGUCCUGCAAGUUUGCCCAGACGAUGGAGCAGAGGCUGCAGAAGGCAUUCCAGGAUGCAGAGAGGAAAGUCCUUAACAGCAGGAGCAACCUGACCCUUCAGAUCGUGAGCACGUCCAAUGCCUCCCAAGCCGUCACACUGGUGUAUGCUGUGGGCAAUCAGAGCUCCUUUCUCAAUGGCACCGUGGCCAGCAGCCUCCUUAGCCAGCUCUCCGCUGAGCUGGUAGGAUUCUACCUCACUUACCCUCCGCUCACCAUCGCUGAACCACUGGAAUAUCCCAACCUUGAUAUAUCAGAAACAACCAGAGACUACUGGGUCGUCACAGUGCUCCAGGGCGUGGACAACUCGCUGGUAGGCUUGCACAACCAGAGCUUUGCCCGGGUCAUGGAGCAACGUCUAGCCCAGCUCUUCAUGAUGUCCCAGCAACAGAGCCGGCGGUUUAAACGGGCCACCACCUUGGGAAGCUAUACUGUGCAGAUGGUGAAGAUGCAGCGAGUGCCAGGACCAAAGGACCCAGCAGAGCUGACGUACUACACACUGUACAACGGGAAGCCACUGCUGGGGACUGCAGCAGCCAAGAUCCUGAGUACCAUUGACUCCCAGAGGAUGGCCUUGACCCUGCACCACGUUGUCCUUCUACAGGCUGACCCCGUAGUGAAGAAUCCACCCAACAACCUGUGGAUCAUCGCCGCAGUGCUGGCCCCCAUCGCCGUGGUCACUGUUAUCAUCAUUAUCAUCACCGCUGUGCUCUGUAGGAAGAACAAGAACGACUUCAAGCCAGACACCAUGAUAAACCUGCCUCAGAGAGCAAAGCCCGUGCAAGGCUUUGACUACGCCAAGCAGCAUCUGGGCCAGCAAGGGGCAGACGAGGAGGUCAUCCCUGUGACGCAGGAAACGGUGGUCCUCCCCAUACCUGUCAGAGAUACUCCUCAGGAGAGAGAAACGGCCCAGGAGGGGAGCACCAUCAAGACGGCUAAGUCUACGGAAACCAGAAAGAGCAGGUCGCCCAGUGAGAAUGGUUCUGUCAUCAGCAACGAAUCAGGGAAGCCCAGCUCGGGGAGGCGCUCACCCCAGAACGGAAUGACACAGCAGAAAGUGACAAAGGAGGAGGCCAGGAAGAGAAAUGUGACAGCAAGUGAUGAAGAGGAGGGAGCGGGUCUCUUCGACAGUGCAGGCAAGGCGCCAGCAGAUCCCUUUGACACAUCCUCUGGAUCCGUGCAGCUGAUAGCCAUCAAACCGUCCGUUCUGCCCGUAGUGCACCCUGCGGCAGACAGGGGGCAGGAGUCCUCAGCGGCACUCAAUGGUGAGGUGAACAAGGCUCUGAAGCAGAAAUCAGACAUCGAGCACUACCGGAACAAACUGCGCCUGAAAGCUAAGAGGAAGGGGUAUUACGACUUCCCUGCAGUGGAAACAAGCAAAGGUCUGACAGAAAGGAAGCAGAUGUACGAGAAAGCCCCAAAGGAAGUGGAGCACGUUUUGGAGCCAGACCCGGAAGUGUGUCCUCCCUUCGCAGAGUCUAAAAACAGGCAACAGAUGAAGAACUCUGUCUACCGAAGCCGGCAGUCUCUGAACAGCCCAAGUCCAGGAGAAACCGAGAUGGACCUUCUGGUCACACGGGAGCGACCCCGGCGUGGCAUCCGGAACAGUGGAUACGAUACUGAGCCCGAGAUCAUAGAGGAAACCAAUGUCGACAGAGUCCAUGAGCCCCGGGGCUACAGCAGGGCACGGCAGGUGAAGGGCCACUCAGAGACCUCCACGCUGAGCUCGCAGCCUUCCAUCGAUGAAGUCCGGCAGCAGAUGCACAUGCUUCUGGAGGAGGCCUUCAGCCUGGCAUCCGCCGGCCACGCGGGCCAAAGCCGGCACCCGGAGGCCUACGGCUCUACGCAGCACCUGCCGUACUCAGAGGUGGUGACCAGCGCUCCAGGGACCAUGACGCGACCCAGGGCUGGAGUACAGUGGGUGCCCACCUACCGCCCAGAAAUGUACCAGUACAGUCUGCCCCGGCCGGCUUACAGGUUUUCCCAGCUUCCUGAAAUGGUCAUGGGCUCUCCCCCGCCUCCCGUACCUCCCAGGACAGGCCCUGUAGCUGUGGCUUCCCUCAGGCGGUCCACCUCAGAUAUCGGCAGCAAGACCCGAAUGGCGGAGUCCACAGGACCCGAGUCCACCCAGUUGCAUGACAGUGCCUCGUUUGCCCAGGUGUCCAGAGGUCCCGUGUCGGUGACGCAGUUGGAUCAGUCGGCUUUGAAUUACUCAGGUAACACAGUGCCAGCGGUGUUUGCCAUCCCGGCUGCCAACAGACCUGGCUUCACCGGCUACUUCAUCCCAACACCUCCCUCCUCCUACAGGAACCAGGCCUGGAUGUCCUAUGCAGGGGAGAAUGAGCUCCCGAGCCAGUGGGCUGAUUCGGUCCCUCUUCCUGGGUACAUCGAAGCCUAUCCCCGGUCGCGUUAUCAACAGAGUUCACCCUCCAGGCUCCCUCGCCAGUACAGCCAACCAACCAAUCUUCACCCAAGCCUAGAGCAGGCCCCUGUCCCCUCCACAGCGGCCUCACAGCAGAGCCUGACAGAAAAUGAGCCUCCAGACACCCCGUUGACCAAUAUUUCCACUGCAGCCCUCGUGAAGGCGAUCCGGGAGGAAGUGGCCAAGCUGGCCAAGAAGCAGACAGACAUGUUUGAGUUCCAGGUCUAAUGCCUCAGCCCUGAGGGAAUCUGCCCUUGAAGACUGUGAGGCAACAAACAGGCUUUGGGUUCCUCUCCACUGAUGUGUGGGGUCUCCAGACAAUGCAUGGGUCUUUCUCAUCCUCAAAUUCAAAAAAAAACAUCAACAGUGAGGCUGCUGGGAAGCAGAAAACUUGUGAACAACUGGAUUCUGACUCCUGCAGCCAACUGUGGGUCAGCAGGUCCCUAGCUGGGACCCUGCAUUUGAUGUUCUGCUGGGCUGAAUGUUUGAACUGUGGGUGGAAUUUCCUGAAGGAGCCCUAGUUGUGAGAGGCACUAGCUAGCCUGCAGGUUCCUGUCCAGUGUCCCAUUUUAGUAAACCGUCAGAAGGGAGAGACUGCCUCUCUGUCUUCAGCGGCCUCUGCAUGUUCUCUUUCUGUGUUAAAGGCAACACAGGAGUGUGAUUAACCACCAGACUGUACCCUCUCAUUGAGCCAUGACCGUGACCGCUUUCAAAAUCACCUCUAGUCUGUAAGGGAAAUACGGACUCUCCAGCCAAGAAACUCGAGUCUCUUUGCUUUUAAAGGCUCAUGUUCAAAGUCAAAUGAAUUGGAUGGAAAUCAGUUCCAGUGGCUGUGCCUAUAAAUAGUCCUUUCUGCCCCCCAAAACACACACCUGCUAAUUAAAGGCCAAGAGAAAGAGAGACGAUGAACCAGAACGGUGGGCUUGCGUGGACAGGCUGUUUAAAAGGUGCUGUCAUUUUGAAAAUAAAGUCUUCUGCAAAUUGGGAUCCACAUGAAAGGGAAUCGGUGCUAAGAGGCUUGGGAGCCUGUAAAAGAGAAGCAGUUAUUUGCGGAGGUUUUUCUUUGUAUUGAAGAUGGCCUGAGAACCCGGCCAUCCUGGGGAAAUAAUAGAUACAGCAACUUUAACAAGAUCUGUCUCCUCCAUAGUGGAGUCUAGCGCGUGCUGCUAGCGGUACAAAGAAAACCAUUAUUGAUUAUGGUAGAGAUGGGAAAGAUGGAUCCACGGUCACCCCACCCUGCAACCUCUGCUUCUAGAAACUUGUAAAUGUAGAAAAUCUGAUUUGGGAUGAUGAAAUGCAAAACAUAUUUUUAAAAGUCUGGAGUUCACCAGUUCUCCGUGGUGGAUGAACGCAGGAGGAUGUUUGCUGAGAUGGCAAGAUGCUACCUUAGGAUGGUGCUGUCACAUGCUACUCUUCCUGGCAUGACACAUCAGCCUACAGAGUCCUGGGUGGAAACACUGCCUUGCAGCUCUGGGGUACACUGAUGACUCCUCUGUGCAAAUAAGACUGAUUUGGGGUACCAGAGGAAAAGGGAACCCUGAGUUUCCUCCCCAAUUUUGGGAGUCAUGUAUGAUGUCAGGGGGCUUAUUUGGUGUCUGUUGCAGAAUAAGGUCCUACCCUGCCUUCACCCAUGACCCAUCUUGCUUCAGCUGUACCUAUGCCCCUCUGAACCCAUCUAUCCAUUGUCUCCAUGAGUUUCUUUGGUCUUUACUGAAAGGAGGUUGAGAGAAGAGUAGGAUUGGAACUGAUUAGACUGGGGGACUCAAACUGUCAAAGCACAGACUUGCCCAAGAAGCUCUUUUUAUUUCCCUCUGGCAAACUGUCCUUUCUGGAAUGUUCCGAGAUGACAAGUCUCUUGUGGGGGGUGGCAUUAGAUAGUGUCCUUUUAGUAUGCUGGUUGAUCUUUCAUAGUGUUAGUUUUUUGUUACUUAAUACAAAAUCAGCUAUAAAUAAAAAUGUAUUUUUGUAAUUUCCGUGUGUAUAUAUGGUAUAUUUCUACCAAUGGCCAGUUGUAGUCCAAACCUGAAAUCAGCUUGCAGAACACUGUGGAGAGUGCAGGGUUUUACCGACAGAUGAAUACAAAGCCUAAAUCUAUCCAGACGGGCAUCUGAUGCACUUGAAUGAACAAAGAGCCAAAGAAACUCAGCCUUUUCAUGCAAACUAUGUCAGUCUUCUACAGCCAGCUACAUUGGUCCACUUUAUCAAUAAUGCCAAUAUUUCAUCAGCACAGUACUGUGUGGACUUGGUAAAUGUUUGGAAUAUGAGAGAGACGUUUCUAGACUACAGAAUAUGAAUGCUUCAAAAGACAGUGUGUAAGCUCUGGGUUCCAAGAGUUUCCAGAUCAUGGCUCUAGGGUUAGCUGUGGUGUGGCUCCAGAUUGCCAGGGUAGUGGAACUACAGCUCACCGGGGUCUUCACAGAACCCCAUGGAAUAUUUAGUUCAUUGAGACAAUUAAAAUAUCGCAUGAUAAAUCAAAUACUAUUAAACUAGAUUCCAUGGGUACAAGAAGUCUGUUAAAGAAAACCUUAAAUUAUUAAAAAAAAAUUAAUGAGUUCAUAUUUUUCCACCAUGGUUAAAGCCUUCUGGGACAAAGAUGUGAUUCCCUUCCCUAAAGAGUCUCCUUGGCUUAUAGAGGUGUUAGGUCCCAGAACAGGAGACUCUGAGGAGUUCAGAGGGGAAUCGCCACAGAGGUGUGAACACGGAGUUCCGUGAGAGCACAGAGGAGGCAGCAGUGAGCUCAGAUUGUCAAGCUCUUCCAGACAGGCACAGAAGCCACAGAGGAUCUCAGUGACUUGGAAGGAAAAAACCCACAUCCAGACACAUUGAGGGUUGAGCCCGCCUCUGCUGAUUCAUGCCCCAGCCUGCUCUCCCUUUGACCAUGUUGCCUGUACACUUUGUUGGAGACACAUUUCUUUAACUGUGCCCAGAAAUUUAAAAAGUAGGCAAGGAUCAAGUGAGUAACUCCAUAAUACUCUUGCCAAAAAAUACGGGGGUGGGGGGACCAAUUUAUUCCAGAAAAUAGCACUGAAGAAACAAUGUCCUUGAAAGCCAGUGGGGGUAACUUACUUAUCCAGCACCACGGGUCAAAAAAGGCAGGCAAGGAAGCCCUGACACUGUCACUUCUGGGUCCAGGUGAGCCAGAAAGCCAAGAACAUAAGGGUCUCUCGCAUGGCCUGGUACCUCUGACCUGAGGCUUGUGUGGGAACAGGGUGGCAGCUCUGAGCUACAGAGCCCGAAGGAGCCUAUUUGAAGGACACUGUCCCAGGAGAGGUAAUGCCAUCUACUGUGCCAGGAGAGGUAAUACCGUCUACUUGUUAUUUUAAGAACCCCCUCCCAAAAAGACAUAAACCAAAACAUGCAAUUUCUGAAUAACGUUGACUCAAGAAAAAAAAUAAUAUCUGAGCUUGAGGGUAGGUAGACUAGAAAACAUUGUAAAAUUCUUACUUCCAAGUAAAAGAAAUGCUUCCCUACCAGGCAAAAAUUGAAAUGGAUCAAGAAAUAUUGAUUUCAGCUGGGUGGUGGUGGCACACACCUUUAGUCCCAGUACUUGGGAGGCAGAGGCAGGCAGAUCUCUGUGAGUUUGAGGCCAGCCUGGUCUACAAGAACUAGUUCUAGGACAGGCUCCAAAGCUACAGAGAAACCCUGUCUCGAAAAGAAAAACAGGAAGAAAGAGAAGGAAGGAAGGAAGGAAGGAAGGAAGGAAGAUUUCAUAUAAAUGAGCCUCAUUUUUUCCACACAGCACACAAGUGCUCACAAUUCAGUGUAUAAUGAAUGUGAAGGAGUUUUCACGUUGGAGAAAAAGCUUUGGCCUUAACCCUGAAUUUAGAAUCUGGACUUCCCUUUCCAAUUACAGUCCAAGACUUUCAAGGUGUAAGUAUAAUUCAGCUUGUCCCUGAUGGGGUCCAAGUAUCACAAGUUCCAUCCUGCCAUCUAGUCCAACCUCAAAGGAGUUCCAGUCUUGGAACUUCUCAAGGAAACCUGUUCGGCCUUACUUCAGCCAGGGGCUGACUGAAAGACACAGAGAUAAAUUGCAGAAGCAAAAUGCAGGUGUGGCAAAAGGCAGGGAAGGCAUCAAGCAACCCUUCUUCCUGAUAGCUCUUUCCCUGGCGCUCUCCUCCUCUGCUUUGCUCUGUUUCUCUCAACACACCUGCUUCACCCUCUUGCUUGCCUGGACCAACCAGCUCCCUCAUUAGUGAGUCUAGAACCAAACACGGACCUCAGGACCUGCACCGCAGUCCCCCCCACCCCCCACUGCAGACCACUCUCAGACUAGCGGCCUUGAGCUCCCUUUAGGCAAAUGCUUGAGAAUCUGAUGGGUCCAAUUCGCAUCUGCCUGUAGAUAAGCUGCCCUCAGGUCAGGUGCCCAGUCAGCUGUAAGCAAAGAGCCAGGGUUAUGUCCUACAGACGUGGUCCCUAGAUGGACCCUUUUGGCAGGAUCUCUUGUUGAUCAGGGAGCCUGAUCAGGGAGCAGAAGCAGAACUCCCUAAAGGAACCUGCCCCAAACUGGAACUGACCAUACCCCUAAAGGGCGGUCCUCUGGAAACUGCCCCCCACCGCGGGAAGAGCCUCUCCCACUCAGACAGCAGGUGAGCGUGCACAUUCCUGAACCCCCUGCCGACUGACUAGACUGCCCCCACACACUUCCCACCCCUCACCACACUAGUUCCUGAAUGCCACUGCUGGGCCCCAGAAGAGAUCUCUGACCAAGGCCUGGUUAACUUAGUGUCAUGCUCAGCUCAGCUCAGCUCAGCUGACAAUCAACACUUGUAAAUUGAAUUGCAUGGCCUUAGCUCAGGUGCUGCUCAUGUGGCUCCCCGCCACACAUUUGCAUGGAUGAGAAGACUGAUGAGCCUCUCCGUAGAGUCUACUUGAAACAAAAUUGGUUUCAGGUGAAAACGAUGCUUCAGAGGCUCUGUCUGACCUUCCAGCUCUAAGAAGUUAGUGUCCCGGGAACUGAAUGGGCUCCCGAUGGCUUACGUGAACUCUUACAGAAUUCUAGGUGGCGGUGAAUACUGAAGUGUAGGCGUUUCUAAAAAGGGGGAUUUAGGAAAUUCAUUGUACCAGAAGCAGAUUCUCUUAGAAGAUGUUGAGUUGCUUUAAUUCUGUAAGUUUCCAAAAGAGGGAAAUUUUGAGAAGGUGGAAUUUGUCCUCAGAGGUCAAACCCGCCCUUGAGUUAGAGUCAUCCUAUUAUAAGUCUAGAACAUCCUAUGAUAAAUCUAGAGACUAAUUGUUUUGUCCUUGCUCAGACUCUUGUAAGUGAUGGAAGGAGGCCAUCCAGUGUACUUUACAUAAAUUAACCCCGGUCUCACCUUCCUCUCGCUCAUCUCUUCUUUGGGUCUAAACUCUCCUCCACCCACACAUAAAUGAAGGAGAGAAAAGAAAAGGGAAAUGUACCAAACAAGAGAAUAGGAGUGGUGUUGGACUGGAAAUUUUGAGAAGGUGUAAAUAUUCUGGAACUCGAGUGACUCACUUUGAACUAGUCUGUAACUCGUCAUGGGUCAGGACUAGCAUCUGUCCUUCCUACCCACCAUGGCGGUCGUGAGGAGCAUGUGUAAUGUGUCUGAACAUGGUUUGGAAAGCAUAUCGGAAGAAUUUGCUAUGGAAAACAUUCGUUUCCCAGUUCGGUUUGAUCCAGCUCCUGCUACCCACUGAGUUAAUUUAUGUUAUCAUGUGUUCGAUGACACAACUUCUUACCAAGGAAAAGGAAAGGAAUUUUGCAGUUUGUAAUUCCCACAUGGAGUUGCUGUUAUCGUUGUUGGUCGCUUGUGGUUUGGAGGGUAUGGAAGUGUUUCCACGCGUGCUUUGACUCUGGCUGGGAAAAACCCAGACUGGGAUGCUCUCAAACCACUUUGGAUGCACUGGGCAAAGUACUGAACAGGAGCUUUGAAUGUAGCUGUUGUUAUUUCAAUGCUUUGCUUUCUAAUUAACUUUGUACGUCCUUUGCCUCUGCCGGGAACAGAGUGUUCAUACGCUGUUAGAAUUUUUUAUUGUAAAAUAAAAUGACAAAGGCUUUCAUACCCCAAAA